AUGGUGGAGUCGCGUGGCUCAUCAGUUGGAAAAGUGGGCCUGGGUGAUAAAAUCAUUGCGAUAAACCAUAAAAAAUUACAAACGAUUAAGGAUCUGAAUGAACAACUUUUUAAAUCAGGAAAAGAAGCAAGAGUUACGCUGGAACGGUGCGGUUUUUCGUGUUGCAAACACAUGAUUACUACCGUCGAAACGCUGACUGUUGAGAAGGGCAGCUCAUUGAAGGUAUUGCGAGCUAUUGAGGUAUAUAUGGUGCAAAUUCGAAUAGAAUCAUUUCCGGACAUGGAUCUGGGUCAGGAACUUGGCUUAUCCGUAAAAUAUGACAAUAAAGAGCAGUUGCAAGUAGCAAGCGUCAUACCGGGAAGUUUGGCAUCUGUACAUCUUCGACCUGGCGAUAUUAUUAAGAAAGUAAACGGUGAAUACAUUACAAGCAAAACGAUGCUAGCUUUUUGGAUAAGGCAUGGUUUUGAUACCAAAAGACAGAUACAGAUAUUGGUUCAGACGGGAGUUGAAGCUGAUACGCAUAUUGAAAUGCCUGAGGACGUACAACACAUAGCGCAAAAACAGCUGACAAUUUUGAAAAGUAUGAAAUUACCAAAAUCUGUGAUAAGUGUUAUGAAACAAACCAAUUCUCCAACCAAAAAGCAUGUCACAGUUUCCAUGGAAGAACCGAAGGAAACACGAAUAUGCAGCGAUUACGACGCGUCAAUGCUCAAGCACGUCCACAAAAGCAAAUAA